CUAUUUUUCAGUGGCGAAGUUCAGAACUUCUUGUCUCUCGAUAAUCCGAGGAAUAACCCUGAUAACAGCGUGGCGGACGAGAACAACACAGACUUCUUCAGUGACCCCAACGACCCGAACACCAUCAACCUGGGACCAUCGGCUAAUCCAUCAGCAAGACCAAGUGACUUUGAUUUCCUGAAGGUGAUUGGCAAGGGCAGCUUUGGCAAGGUCCUGUUGGCCAAACACAAGAUCGAUGGCAAGGUGUAUGCAGUCAAAGUGCUACAGAAGGCAGCCAUCGUCAAGAGGAACGAGGCGAAACACAUCAUGGCCGAGAGGAGCGUCCUCCUGAAGAACCUCAAGCAUCCUUUCCUGGUCAGUCUCCACUACUCCUUCCAGACGGCCGACAAACUUUACUUUGUCCUGGAUUACGUCAAUGGCGGGGAGCUCUUCUUUCAUCUGCAGAGGGAGAAGUCCUUCCCAGAGGUCAGGGCCAAGUUCUACGCAGCGGAGAUCGCCAGCGCCAUCGGGUACCUGCAUUCCUUGGAUAUCAUCUACAGAGAUUUGAAACCUGAGAACAUUCUCUUGGAUCACGAUGGCCAUGUUAGACUGACAGACUUUGGUUUGUGCAAGGAGGGGAUCGCAGCCAAGAAAACCACCUCAACCUUCUGUGGUACACCAGAGUAUCUGGCACCAGAAGUAUUAAGAAAGCAGGAGUAUGACCGAAGUGUGGAUUGGUGGUGUCUUGGAGCUGUUCUCUUUGAGAUGAUGUCAGGAUUGCCUCCAUUCUACAGCAGAGACACAGCUGAGAUGUAUGAUAACAUUCUCAACAAGCCACUCCGAAUGAGGAGCUCUGUUUUCUCACCAAGUGCCAAGGGUCUCCUCGAAGGGCUGUUACACAAGGAGAGAGCCAAGAGACUGGGUGCAGGAGACAAGGGCUUCAAGGCCGUCAAGCAUCAUGAGUUCUUCAGCUCCAUCAGUUGGUCAGACCUCGACGGCAAGAAGAUAACUCCACCUUACAAUCCUAGAGUGAGCGAUAGCAUGGACGUGAAGAACAUCGAUCCAGAGUUCGUCAGGGAGCCCGUUCCAAACUCUGUCGGCAAGUCGGUCGACCCCAACACCGUGAGCGCAAGCGUGCAGGACGCAGACAACGUCUUUGAAGGCUUCACGUACGUCCCUCCCACCGUUGGAUUGGACGAUCCUUAGGCACAGACACAAAAGAUUUCUUAUUCAUUGAGUUACCUCCUCCUUUUUCUCAUUGUUUAAUGUCUGAUGAGAUGGGAGGCCAUUUUUAAUCACAUUUGCCCAUAUUCUCGAAAGCAGCCAAAAAUUGAAACCGGCGUAACAUAGUCUUCUGAUGUAUGCGAACGCCAAGUGUCAACCUCAAAGUUCUACAUUGAUUAUUGUCAUUGUGUAAUGGAAUUGAUAAACUGAUGCAAACUCAUGAAAUUAAGAUGUUGGGAACUGACUUAUCUGAUGCGCUACAUGCUAAAUACAGGAAAGACUCGGCUCCCACAACCAGUUGGUUACACCAGAAUCUUAUUUCAGAGUUACACGUUUCUGUGUAUUCUAUUAAAGUUGCAGAACUAUGCCCAUUUAUACAGGAUGAAAAAGUUAACAUUUGGCGCUCCAUAAAUUGGUGGACGAAAUCAGCGCACUUAGCCGGGUUUAAGCCAUCCCUAAAGGUAGGCGGAUUUCAAGAAUACGGGCCGUUGUGCCCAAGAACCAGGAAGGCGGUGAUUCCGUCUGAGGCAUAUUAGAGUGCUUUCGCAAACAC